UAUCUUCGGUGGCCCAACCACCCGCGGUGAGCCUAACGGUUGGCAAAUCUCUGCCUGCUGUCUCUCGCUCGGUUAGCCUCCUGACUCCCGUCCGUCACCAUGGCAGAGUUGGGCCUAAAUGAGCACCAUCAAAAUGAGGUUAUUAAUUACAUGCGUUUUGCUCGAUCAAAGAGAGGCUUGAGACUCAAAACCGUAGACUCCUGCUUCCAAGACCUCAAGGAGAGCAGGCUGGUAGAGGAGACCUUCACCAUGGAUGAAGUUGCAGAGGUCCUGAAUGGGCUGCAGGCCGUGGUUCACAGUGAGGUGGAGUCUGAGCUCAUCAACACAGCCUAUACCAAUGUGUUACUUCUGCGGCAGCUGUUCACACAAGCUGAGAAGUGGUACCUUAAGCUACAGACAGACAUCUCUGAACUAGAAAACAGAGAAUUAUUAGAACAAGUUGCAGAAUUUGAAAAAGCAGAAUUUACAUCUUCAAAUAAAAAGCCCAUCAUAGAUAUCACAAAGCCAAAACUUGUUCCACUUAAUGAAGGUGGAACAACAGAACUCCUAAACAAGGAAAUUUUAAGACUUCAAGAAGAGAAUGAGAAAUUGAAGUCAAGGCUGAAGACCAUUGAAAUGCAGGCUACAAAUGCUUUGGAUGAAAAGUCAAAACUAGAAAGAGCACUUCAAGAUUUACAACUCAAUCAAGGAAAUCAACAGGACUUUAUAAAGGCACAAGACUUGAGUGACUUAGAAAACACAGUUGCAGCUUUAAAGAGUGAGUUUCAGAAGACAAUUAAUGACAAGACAGAAAACCAGAAGUCCCUGGAAGAGAACCUAGUGACAGCCAAGCACGACCUCCUCAGGGUUCAGGAGCAGCUGAGCAUGGCUGAGAAGGAAUUAGAGAAGAAAUUUCAACAAACGGCAGCUUAUCGGAACAUGAAAGAGAUUCUCACCAAGAAGAAUGACCAAAUCAAAGACCUGAGGAAAAGACUGGCCAAAUAUGAAUCUGAAGAUUGAGAACAGAAGAUUUCCUCUAGAUGCUGCCACAUGAACAAACAGCUGCCUCUUGCCCCAGCAUGCAUUUUGAAGUUCUUUGUUAGUCCCUCCCCUUAUUUUUCUAAUAUUUAGACUUCCUUCAGAUACUUAGAACUAGACUUCCUAUUUUCAGUUGUCUAAUUGAGAAGAAAAAAAUGUAAUGAUUCCUUUUGAUUGUCCUGAACUCCUCUGCACAGUGCUCCUGUCCUUAGCGUGAAUGCAGUGAGAAUUGUUCACAGUGAGGAAGAAGAGUGGGAAGAAGAGUCUCAUCCUUUGGCGUUAGUAUGAAGAGUACAGCUUUUUAAUAAAUGCUAAGGAAGCUAGCAGUAGCUAUUCUUGUGCAUUCCCCAAAGGUAAAAAUAAAUAAUAUGAGUCAUUAAAAAUAGCUAUUACAA